CGCCGCUUCAAACUUACCGUCAACUCGCUCCAUCGCGCAGUUCCGAUGUGCCACCACCAGUCCGUCCGUGCAGCAUUUCUGGACGAAGAUAACGCGACGCGUGAUGACGUGGACAAGGCCGUGCACCCUCGUGCUGAGUACGAGGGCGUUGCAACGGGUACCGACAAGGUCAAGGGAGUCGCGUUCAUCCUAUCGUUGUUCACGGCCACGCUUGCCAUGGGGUACUUUGUGAUUGUGCCGACGGCUGUCGUCGUGGCGACUAUGAGCCCGACACUGGCACAAUACAUCUACCGCGUGCUACUCGGUCACUUUUGCGCGUACUCGUCAGGCGUGUUCGAGUACUUGUCCGGGAUGGAAGUUGUCAUCACAGGCGAAGCGGGUGAAACCUUCGAGUUCAAAGACUCCGACCGCGUCCUGCUCAUCUCGAACCACCGCACGGAAAUCGACUGGCUCCUGCAUUGGAACUUUGCCACGAAAAUCCAGCGCCACGACCGCAUCAUGACCAUGCUGAAAGCUGGCUUGCGCUCCAUUCCAAUCUUCGGCGGCGUCCUGCAGUUGUUUGGAUUCCCCUUUGUCCAGCGGAAUUGGGCAGAAGACCAAGACAAACUUGGCGCGCUCAUCGACUCGUACCACAUGCGGUCGUACGGGACGUGGAUGGCCAUGUUUCCGGAAGGUACAGCGCUGUACGACAAGGCGCUGCAAGCCAGCCACGAGUUCAAAGCGGCCCAUGGAAAGCCCAAAUGCGACUUUGUGCUCGAACCACGGCUCAAGGGGUUUGCGCUGUGCAUUGAUAAGUUUCGGCCACACUACAUCCUCGACAUGACGAUGGCAUUUCCCGAGCUCCGCCGAGGCAUUCGACCGUCCCCGCUGCGACUACUACACGGGCUGUUUCCGGCGUCCGUGCAUUUUUACGUCCGCAAAUUCACGCGAGAUGACAUCAUGGCGGCUGAGUCCCCGAGCCUGUGGCUCCAGGAUCGGUUUGCGGUCAAGGAGGAAAUGCUAUCGGCCUUCUACCACGCGACAAAAGGGACAUUUGACAAGCCCAUCCUGGCGCUACCUAACUCGAAGCGACCGUUCUUGUCGGCGAUGGCGCUCGUGGUAGCGUCGUCGUUGGCCCUGCCCGUCGUCCUGUGGACCUACCAGUACUCGGUGACGUACCUAGCACUAGUCGUAGCAUUUAUGGUCGCCGUGAGCAAGCGAUAAGGAGGUCUUCUUGCUUGGUUA